AUGUCUUUAGAGAAAAGAAAGAUCGUAAACGUCGGGUUGAUCGGCUGUGGCGAGAUCGCGCAAGUCGUUCAUAUUCCAACACUCCUGUUCAUGCGCGAAUAUUUCCGCAUCACCUACCUGUGCGACGUCUCCCCGGCUGCCCUGGAGCACUGCUCCCGCAGCAUUCCCAACAAACACCAGGCCACACGCAAUGUCGAAGAACUGUGCGCCUCAAAUGAAGUAGACGUUGUAUUGGUGGCGAAUUCGGACGAGUACCACGCAGCACACGCGGUCGUUGCGCUUCGACACGACAAACAUGUGCUGGUAGAGAAGCCGCUCGCAUUGACAAAACGAGAUGCCGAGGCCGUCGCUGAUGCCGAGAAGAAGAGCAAGGGCAGUGUCAUGGUAGGGUAUAUGCGACGGUAUGCAGCGCCGUUCGAGGAUGCAGUGAAAGAGAUUGGCGGUCUUGACAAGAUUCUCUAUGCAAGAGUAAGAGAUAUAAUCGGGCCCAACUCUGCUUUCGUACAUCAAAGCGGUACUUUUCCGAAGAAGUUUACAGAUUUCACCCAAGCAGAUUCGAUGGACAAAGAUGAGCGGGCAAAGGAAAUGGUCAAAACAGCCCUCGAGAACGAAGCUGGAGGGGUUGAUGUGACGCCAGAAUCCACUCUCAUGUGGCGGCUAUUCGGCAGCCUUGGUUCGCACGACCUCUCUGUGAUGAGAGAAGUUCUGGGUAUGCCGGAGAAAGUUGUUGGGUCAUCGCUCGGUUUUCCUUUCUGGAAUGUCCUCUUCAAGUACUCUACGUUUACAGUCUCUUACGAGUCGGGGAUCGACAACGUUCCUCGAUUCGAUGCGCACAUCGAAGUAUACGGCGCCAACAAGACGGUAAAGGUGCAGUACGAUACUCCCUAUGUCAAGGGCCUACCUGUCACAUUGCACAUGGCUGAGAACGUCGACGGAGUCUACAAAGAGUCUAUGAUACGGAAAUCGUACGAGGACCCGUACACGCAGGAGAUGAAGAAGCUAUGGGAGAUGGUGGCUGAAGGAAAAUCGGUGAAAACGACGGCGCAAGAUGCUCUGCAGGACCUAGAAGUCUUCAACAUGGCGAUGAAGCAUUUUUACGGCAGUCCUUGA